UUUGUAAAAUGAGUUACCUCACUCACGCUGUCAUCUGCAGCGCACUGGUUUUCAGUUGCAAGAAUAGCAUUAUACAUCGCACAUGGCCAAGCAAUAUUUUCACGUUUUCUUAGCGUUUGCGCUAUUACUGUUCGGAAUAGUAUCUAUUCUUCUUUUAACUAUUCCAAUUGGGGACUUGACCGCACCUCCGGAAUUUAUGUAUGGGAUAGUUCUGGACGCAGGUUCCUCUCACACAUCCAUGUACAUCUACAAGUGGCCUGCUGACAAGCAGAAUGACACAGGUGUGGUCACUCAGCACAGCGAAUGCCAUCCCAAGGGUGGUGGGAUCUCUAGCUAUGCGGGGCAGCAGGGAGCGGCUGGGAAAAGCCUUGAGGAUUGUCUGAACCAAGCCAUGCAGGACAUCCCCAGAGCUAGGCAUGAACUCACCCCUGUCUACCUCGGAGCCACCGCCGGCAUGAGGCUGCUCAAUAUCUCUAGCCCGGAACACUCAGCCCAGGUUUUACAGGAAGUGGGUCAAAAAAUCAAAUCAUAUCCUUUUAAAUACCAGGGGGCUGCCAUCUUAAGUGGCCAGGAUGAGGGGGCGUAUGGUUGGGUCACUGUCAACUAUCUCUUGGAGAACUUUAUCAAGUAUGGCUUUAUGGGUCGUUGGUUGAGCCCAGGCAGACCGACGGUGGGGGCACUGGACUUUGGCGGGGCAUCCAUCCAGAUCACCUUUGUGACCAAAGACGAGGUGGAGGAUGCGAAGGACAGGAAGAAGCUACGUCUGUACGGCCACGACUACUCCCUGUACACACACAGCUUCCUGUGCUUUGGACGGGACCAGGUCCUUAAACGCCUACUGGCUAGCCUGGUGAAGGCUCAGGGUCACACAGGCAGUGUGUUCCACCCAUGCUUUCCUGCAGGCUACAGCACCACCAUUAAGAUGGAAACAUUGUUUGACUCUCCAUGCACAGUGGCCCAGAAACCCAGCUCUGGCUACAACCCCCAGGCAGCCCUGUCUGUGGUUGGCAGUGGCGACUACGAUCACUGCCUGGGCAACAUAACUGAGCUCUUCUCCUUCAGCAGCUGCCCUUUCUCCAAGUGCUCUUUUAACCAGGUGUUCCAGCCUAAUGUCAGCGGCCACUUCAUGGCAUUUUCUUCCUUCUUUCAGGCAUUUUCUUCCUUCUUUCACGUUCAUCAGUUCCUACUAAGUGCUACUGGAAUUGAUGUCACCACCCCUGCCCAGUUGGAAAAAGCAACUCGUGCCAUCUGUAACAUGAGCAUCAAUCAGACGUUAGCGCUAGUCCCAGACCAGAGACCUCGUCUGCAGGACUUCUGUGCUGCCUCUUUAUUCACCAAGGUACUCUUAACGAGAGGCUAUCGCUUUGACGAGAAAUCCUUCCCCCACAUUUCUUUCCAAAACAAAGCGGGGGAGACGUCUGUGGGCUGGGCCCUGGGCUACAUGCUCAGUCUGAGCAAUCUGCUGCCAGCCGAGAGCCCCGGCCUUAGGAAAGCCCUGAACCCUGGAGCUUGGACCACCCUGCUCUUCCUUGUCACGCUCCUCCUCAUCACCAACCUGUUGUAUUUCGCCCUGCAAGUCUUCUGCAGUAAGAAGAAAAUAUGUGGUGAUACGGCCAGCUAAUCAUCAUCAAGGUCUUGCUUUCUUGAGACCUGCCAUCACUGUAUUUGGUGGCAAAAGAUGGCAAACUAUUUGGAGGAAAGAUAGCACUGAUUCAGUUGUCUGUUUACACUGACAUGAAAAAGGUAGUACCAGGCUGUCAAAACAUUGGGAAGUGAGGUAUGCAACAAAAUGAGGAAUUGUGGGCUAUAAAUAAGAUGUUCUACAUAACUGUAGCAAAAGAUUAACCCAAAAUGAAAAUUCAAUUUCAUUGUGCUUUGUAUUCAGUACUUUGUAACGUAAAUCUGAUAACAAAAAAUAAACAUGUUUUUACAUGAGUGGUCUUUGCAGAAAAGGCUUGUCUUCAUAAGCUCCAUCGUACAUGUACUACAACUGACUAAAACUACAAGUACCGUCCUAGGAUACCCACUUUUGUGUCCGGAAGCGUGCUACGGAUAGUUUGUCACAUUGAUAGUAGUGUCAUGCUGGCAAUAUUAGAGAUUCCGUAGCAACAAUAAGACUUCCGGUUUUUGGAUUUUCCCUUCAAAAUAAAAGUCCGCGGUAAAACUCGCUAUUAACAAUAAAUGAAGCUAUUAUGCCACUUUGCUUAGUCUAUAUUGUAAAAAUGUAUUGUAGUAAAUGUUCAGGAGAGUAGAUAGAGUGAUUAUAUGUCAAACUAAACAUAGAGAAGCUGCGUUCAGGACUUAUGCUGUUCACAACUGGAAUAAACUACUAGAAGAUCUUAGAAGUGCCCCAAACAUAUACAUUUUUAAAUCCAGGUUAA